AUCCGGUAAGUAUCAGCCCACGAAGGCAGUGAGGGAGCAAGGCAGGCAGUAUCUAUUGUCCGUCUAUCUGUGUGUGCGGGGGGAGGCAGGCAGGUACAUACAGUACAGCCAGACAGACAACCAGUAGUAAGGCAGCCACUCACAUACGUGUGUAUGUGUAUCUAUCCCGCCACCCAUCCAUCCAUCCAUCCAUAUCAUGUCUGUCACCUUCCCAUCACCCUCCCCCCCGGCACACACAGCCACUCACUGGGUCGUCCGCACACUCCUGACCGUCUUGGGCUUCCACUUGCUGAUGGUGGCGUUGGCCGCACUCACAUACGCCAAUGCCGCGGUGCACCGCCGCACCGUCUUGACCAUGUUGUACCCCUCACACACCAACGAGUGGCCGUCGCCACGGACGAACGAAGUGGACGCCACAGCGGCGCAAUCCUGGGGCUCGUCGGCAGAGGCCUCGUUCUGGCUGGGUGUGAUGGGCUGCUCGUCCUCCUUGGACUCGCGCGGGGCGGAGAUCAGCGAGGGAGCAGCGGCACACGGCUCUGCAGCGGCACCAGAGGCGUCACAAAGCUCGACGUCGACGACCUGCAGACAGAAACCAGCGAGAGAGACACAGGCAGUGCAAUCCACUCACUUUGCUGAGUGAAGUGUGAACACAAGGCAACCGCACCCACCCAUCAUCAAUCCAUCCCGGUGUUGUGUUAUCAUGUGUGUGGGUCGGCCUCGCUCAUUCCCUCACCUGUGCAGAGCCGUCGUGAUCCUCGUCAGCGAUGCCCUCCACCUCACCCACCAUGGCCACACCAUCGUCAACGGCAUCAUUGCUGUCGACCGCCAUUGGCGUCGACUCACACACACCGUUGUUGUGCUGGGAGGGGGCGGGGAGGGGGGAGGGAGCACCAACAGACACGUGGAGCGCCGCGGCAUCCGGCUGGUCGGCAUGAGCGGCCACGAUGGCACACGAACGGCCCUCGUCAACACAACGGUACAUCUGAAGACAUACAGACAGACACACCCAAAGAACAACACAACACACACGUGCACCCACCACAUGCUAAUCUCGUGUGCGGGUCGGCCUCACUCGUUCCCUUACCUGUGCAGCGCCGUCGUCAACCUCGUCAACAAUACCCACUACGACAUCGACAUCUAUGGUCCCCAACCCAUUGCCACCAUCCCCACCACAUCCACCCUCGCCAGCAGCCCUGCUACCCUCCCGCACCACCCCUUUGCGGCUCGUGUCGUACUGUGUCGUCAGGCGGGGGGCGGGGGACGGGGACGGGGACACACGCACUGCCGACGACUGACGGUGCGAGGCUGACUUGUCCGCACCCCCCGCUGCACGCCCCUUGUCGCCCACACGUGUGCCCUUCGUCACGUUGGCGCGGGUGGGCGGCUUGGCCGGCGGGGCCUUGCGGGCGACUGGACACAGUCGAGCUCCGCCGCCGCCGAGUUUGGGGUUCUUCUGCAACAUCUCCCGAUAUCUCCUUCGAUCCUCCUCCUUUGCCCUCUCGUGUGCCCUCGCCUUGGCCGCCGCCCUCUCCCUCUGACGCACAGCCGCUGCCGUUACAUGGGGAUUGACGUCAGGUCGACCACUGGGCGGCUUGCUGGCGAUGCAUGCACCGCUGCCAAGUCCUGCAGGCCGCUGAGGACGGCACUGGUGGCCACUGCCGUGAUGCUGCGCCUUGCUGCUGUUGCCGGGGGGUCCUGUGCGUGGGAAAUACGCUGUAACAGUCCAUAGUCCGCCGCGAGACCGUUCUUCUUCACCGCCGGUGGCGGGCAUAGUGGCGGAUACGACGCGAAACGACGAGAGAACUUAUCAAACGCUGGCAACUGUUCUAUUGCUGCCUGCUGUUGCCUCGGCACUACUUUUUCUCCUCG